AGCGAUAUCAGCCCCUUGCUGAAGGAUCCUGCAGCUUUCAGGACUUUGAUUGAUCUUCUGGAAGAUCAUUUGAGGGCAUCUUUCCCCCAAGUCGACUUUAUUGCAGGCCUGGACUCCCGUGGCUUCCUCAUAGGCCCCCCCUUGGCUCAGAGGUUGGGGAUCGGCUUCGUGCUGAUACGGAAAAAGGGGAAACUUCCCGGUCCGACCGAGUCCGUCUCCUACGCCCUUGAGUAUGGCAAGGCUGAACUGGAAAUCCAGAGUGACGCUGUGGAACCGGGACAAAAAGUCGUUAUCGUUGAUGACUUGCUUGCGACUGGAGGUACCAUGUGUGCAGCCUGCGAGCUGCUGAAGAGGCUGAAGGCUGAAGUCCUGGAGUGCCUCGUGGUCAUAGAGUUAAAGCUCCUGAAAGGGUCGGAAAAGCUCAAGUCCAUCCCUUUCUACUCCCUGCUGCAGUAUGACUGA